AAACUGUCACUCACGUUGCGCUAUAGAGAACUGAGAUAGGUGCAUUCUUGAGUUGAAUUUGCUUGCGCUUAUUCUUGCGGAAUUUGAGGUGUUUUGGGGGAAAUAAUCGGAACGGCGAUAGCACAAGUAUAGGCUGCAGAUGCAGUAGGUGGUGUGGCCCAGGAUUGUAGGUCGGCAUGACGCUCUCAUUUGAUGUGCACGACCGCAACAGCUGGUACUUUGGCGCAAUGACGCGUCAAGAGGCCACAGAUCUGCUUAUGGGCGAGCGCGAGGGCGGCGUCUUUCUCGUGCGUGAUUCAAACACAAUAAUUGGGGAUUAUGUCUUGUGCGUACGCGAAGAUGCCAAAGUAAGUCACUACAUUAUCAAUCGCAUCGUCCAGGGCGACAAGGUCAUGUAUAGAAUUGGUGAUCAAUCAUUUGGAGAUCUUCCCGAACUAUUGGAUUUCUAUAAGCUCCACUAUCUAGACACAACUCCACUCCGACGACCUGCUACAAGACGUCUCGAGUGCGUUCUUGGGAAAUUUGAUUUCGAUGGCAGUGAUCAAGAAGAUCUGCCAUUUAAAAAAGGUGAAAUACUCUAUAUAAUUAACAAGGAUGAAGAUCAAUGGUGGACAGCUAAGAAUACACAUGGACAAAUUGGACAAAUUCCAGUUCCCUACGUUCAAAAGGUCGAUGAGAGCCAACAGAGUAGCCUGGAGAGGCAGACCUUUAGCAAUAGCCAAUCGAUGUCCGUGGAAAAUCAAAUGAAAAAGUCAAAUCUUCAUAGACCCCUGCCUGCGCAUGCACGAGUAAAACAGCCACGCGUACCUAACGCCUACGAUAAGACAGCUCUAAAAUUGGAAAUGGGCGAUGUGAUAAAGGUGACAAAGAUGAACAUCAAUGGGCAAUGGGAGGGUGAAUUGCGCGGCAAAGUUGGUCACUUUCCAUUUACACACGUCGAAUUCAUUGAUACUGAACCAGAAGAUAGGCCAGAAGAAUAAGAGGAUUUGGCCGCAAGGAAAAUGUAUUUUUAUAAAAUAUAGUAGUUAAUUUAUUUAUUUUCCAUAAUAAUGUAUCAUAAAAGAUGUGGGAGAGAUGUGUAAAAAAAACAAUAUUGAUGAAAGAAAGUCAUGCAUGAACAAAGGACAAAAAAGUGUUUUUUUUUUAAAGAAUGACAAAUUAUUUUUUAUCAUUAAACAUUAAAUCCAAAU